AUGUCGGCGACAGGAUGGAAGGAAGGUGACUUGCCAAACACAUUGACACACAAGGCUCAUGCUCGUCAACUCGUGACGGGCGCCCAUACUGUAUCUGACAUCAGCUGCCGUAGCUGUGGUAGUGUGUUGGGAUGGAAGUAUGUCGAUGCAGCCGAGGACAGCCAGAAAUACAAGGUCGGCAAGUUCAUACUCGAAACGAAGAGGAUCGUCAAGGGUGCAGAGUGGGAUGAGAGUAUGAAUGAAGAAGACAACGGUAUGGUACCAGACAAGAACGACCAAGACAUUGAGUUCGAUUCUCAGGAUGAAGACGAAUGUGAGGAUCUAUUCAGCGGCAUCUGGACACCCCAGCUUGCAGCUAAGAGAAGGAAGCGCCGUGCCUAUGGUGAUGUUGACCUGACGGCUUGA